UGUAGUAACAAAACAGCGUUGGAUGGUCGUUAACUCGAGAAUUUGCUGCUACACUGUACUUCUACAUAUUAUAUACAUAAUCAUGUAUGUUUACAUUCAGUAGAUUUUCAAGAAAAAGUUGAUUUCUGGAAAAUUUGUAAGUAUUCAUGUAAUAAUACAUUUAAUUUAAUAUAAAUAUAUUGAAAUAAUAAAAUUUGAACCUAUAGAUUAAGUACCUAGUAAGUAUCAAGCUAUACAGAGUUAUUGCAGUAAAAACAAACCCUAUAUAAUGACCAUUCAAAUUUAUUUUCGUAAUUGGAAUUGUUGUGAUUUGAAUUAGAUAAGUAGAUAUAUUAUUGUUUAAAUCAUCUAAGAUGUUUUAUCAUUAAAACACAAAUAGAAAUGUUAUUUAAAAGGUACCUACUUGAUUAUAACCAUUAUACAUUUAUAACUUAUAUAAGUACUAUUGUACAUUUUUGUGCAAAAUAAAUUUUCAAAAUUGAACAUUUUAAAAAAUGUAUAUAUAGUGAGAUCCUAUACCUUUUAUAUGAUAAAAAUCAGCAUUAUAUUAGAUGUUUUUGUAGAUACCCAUAGCUAACGUGACCAUACGUCCCAUUAUCUCAAAGAAAGCAAAAAUACCAGCUUUGGAAAAAAAAUUAAUAUAGAAAUGCAUUCUAUUGAAAAAGAGAGCACGUGUUUAUUGACCGCAGCACAAAAAAACUAUAGCUGUCGAAACAUGAAACACAAUAAUAACAAACAUUUUACAAAUUGUACAGAUAUAGUGAUUUGUCUAACACGGGUGGCUUACGAGUUAUUGCAAUUUCAAAGUAUAAUUCAAAUCUAGCACAAAUAUUUCAACCAAAAGUGUGUAAUAUCAAAUCAUCUGGGCAAUUAAAUUUUAACAAAAAUGUAUAUCAACACAUGAAAAAUGAUAAGAAUGUUAGUUACUGUGUUUGAUUUGACGGCCGAAUACAUCACCGCUCAUCAAGAAAAAAAAAUAAUGAUAGAAAACCAACUGCCCACCCACUUACUGCACAAGCAAUAUCAGCUCUAUUCUCUAUUUUAUUUUCUAAUUUAAAAUAAAUAAACAUAAUACAACGCAUUAUGUUUAUUAGAUAUGUAUUAAAUCCAAUAUUUAAUUUAUUUUUGAAUAAUUUGUCUCGUUUUACAAUAUUGUGUUUACUGUUCGGAGUUUCGUUCUACGCGAAAAAUAAUAAUAAUUGCCGUGCUUUACUCAUCGCUAAUCGCUAUGUAGGUAUACAGGCGUCCCGCUUUAAGGAAAAAAAAUUAUAAUCUCGUUACCGAUGCUCGUGCUAAAAAACUUUUGUACAAUAAAAAUUAACUAUAUAUAUAUUUAUAGCUGCACGUUUAUAAUAUUACGAUAAAUUAAUAAAUUAAAUAUUUAUCAAUAGCAAAUACACAAGUUUAUAAUUAUUAUUAAUUAUAUCACUAUUUAAAUAUUAUAUAAUAUUUAAUAAUAUUGAACCAGUCAUCGUCUACACUAUUCUUUUUUUUUUAUAAUCUACAGCAGCUAGUGUACAAUAUAUCGCAGUUAAUAAAAUCAACGUAGAAUACCAACAUUUAAUAAAUGCAAUUUUUAAAAAAAACAAAUAUAAAUACUUAAUAUUAUACACAAAUAUAUUAGGUACCAACAUGAAUUAUUAUACUUCCGAUGCCUAAUACUCAUUAUUAAUAUUUAUUGUAAUGAUUUAUAAGUGUUUUAUUAUUAUUAUUUUUUUAGAAAUGUAUUAAUUCAAUUUUUUUUUUCUUUUUGUGAGAUUUUAAGCACGUUCAUAAGGUGAGAAACUCAUUAUAUUUAAUUUAAAAAAUUAUUAUAUAGAUUCUCGACGUUUUAUUAAAAUACACCUGAACUACUAAUAAUAUAAUAUAGGUAGGCUAAAUAUUCAAUAUAAUUUAUUAUUCUUCAUAUUGUAGGUACCAAAUUUUAAAUAUUAUGUGUUUUGUAUGAAGUAGUUACCUACCAUUAAUUCAAAAAUAAAAUAAACAUAUUAUUUAAAAAAUAUUUUAAAAAUUAAUUUCGAUUAAAAUAUCGUGCAAAUGAUGUGAUAUCGUUUUAGAAGUUAUUAUUCGAUUAUCCACUAUUUACUUAUUUUAAUUAUUUAUUUUUCAUUAACAAAAUAUGUUUGUUUAAAUUUUAAUAACAAAAACAGAUUACGAUAAACUGAAAAAACUCGUAUGUAUUUUAUUUUGAGUAUCAUUUUAUUUUAGCUGUUAAAAGUUCUUGACCGAUACCUACCCCUAAGAUCUUCUUUUUUCAGAGUUUGACUUUAGUAGGUACCUAUUUAAUACUAAAUAUAGUUAGAUAUUAUUACUAAAAACAUUGAAAUGUUCCAAAAAUUGUUCAUAUGAAUAAAACGAUUUUCCCAAUUAAAUGUUAUAAAUGAAUUAAUAAAAAUAAACAUUUAUAAUCUUAGUUAUAUUUAUUUAGAUUGAAUUUUAUCAAAUAAGAUGAUAAUGAAUUAAAUAAUCAUUUUUUAAUUAAUUGGUUAAAAUUCUAAAUAAUUUUAAUUUUUAAUUAGGGAUUUAAAGUUUACCAAUUUUUCCAUUUUAUUCGUAAUUUUAGUAAAUUUAACUAUUAUAAUAUUUAACGUAAAAGGUCGGUCCAAUUCAAACUAAGAAAUCCAGUUAUUCUAUGGAGAAAACUAAUAAAAUAAGCAUAAUAUUAUUAUUAUAACACCUAAUGUAAUUCACUAUUUUUAUUCUUUAGUUUUUAAAAUGAAAUGGAGAAAAUACAAUAAAGUCACAAUAAUUGGCAUAAUAUAAUACAUUAUUGAAAUUAAGGUAAUAUAAUUGUUUAGCAUUUUUGUAUUUAUGUUAUUCUUAGGUAUAUAAAAAAGAAUAAUAAUCUAGAGAACAACAAUCGGAAAAUUUUCAAAGGGAACUAUGUAAUAAUAAUAAGUAGAUGCCCACUAGCGUGUUUAAUUUCAUUAAAAUGUCCGAUUAAAUCGUUUAGAGGUGAACAAAAAUAAAAAUUAAUUUGUUUUAUUUAAAAUCGCAAACGCAUCAUUUGGUAAGCAGGUGAAUACCUACUUAUUGUAAAAAAAGUGUAUAGGUAAUUUUUGUAACGUGUAUAUAUUUAUAUUAGCCAAUGGCUUUAUAGGAAAUUGGAAAUACCUAAACGUAUACCUAUAGGUAGUUAAAAGUCUAUGAUUUUAGUUUUUGAUACAGUCACUUAUAAAAUACAAUAUCUACCUAGGUACCUUAAUCAACUAAUACAAUCGAACUCGUCAGUCGAACAUUUUUUUUUUAUUAAAUUUGUCUUAGAUAAUAUGGGGUGAUACUACAGAAUGUACGAUUUUGAUUAGAAAAAUUAAUCUCUUCGAUAUAUUUUUUUUCCCCCGCAAUAUUCGAUUCACCUAUUUCGGAGGUACUCGCGGGUCUGUGGUCCCUCAUAAUAGGUAUUACGCAAUCACCAUUGAAUGCGUGUUCUUAAAGGCACUAUUAUUAUGUACCGAACGGAUGACACUCACCUUUGGGUUGAGCAGAUACUGAUGCUGUUGCGUCCUGAUCCAUCGUGAAAUCAAGCUGUCCCUGACCGAGUGCGCCAACGCGUAAUAAUAGUCCCGGAUAGUGGCCACAUUUCUGUCUUUGACAAGGGUGAAGUGGAGAUGUCGGUUAAAUGUUUUUUUCAUGGCCACGACAUCCUCGACAUCCGAGAUGGACUUAACACUGAUUUGCUUGCGCUUCUCCACCUUGGGUUUGUUGUAUAAAACCAUGGUGCAGAUCUGUUUAAUAUCAGUAAUAAAUACAAAAUGAAUAGGUACUAGGUAAUGAAUUAAACAAAAUAAUUAUAACAAAUAUAUUGUAUGGGCGUAUAGUAAUACGAAUACAAUAAUAGUAUUAAAUACUUACGAUUUAUUAUACACGAUUCGUAAGAAAUAUAUAGUCGUUUUUUUUUAUAGUUUCGAUAAAUCACAGGUAGAUGAUCAAAAACGAUCGUAGUAAUAAGUAAACGUCAACCUCGACAAAGAGCUAAACCAAAGACCAGAACGGCUCUGGGCUGACUGAUGACUGCUGCAAACUAAAAACUGUGAUAACUGCGACCGGUUGUCGUUCGCGGCCUGCAAUGUAGUAGGCGUCUUGGCGGAGGGGGAUUGUAAAAGUUUUGUAGAUAAGAUGAUAUGAUGGUUUGAUACGGUGUUCAUUAAAAUAAUUAAACACUAACCGAUAAUACCUACCCAUAUAGUAUAAUAUUGAUUUUACAUUAAUUAGUUCCUAUUUAAAAUCAACAAUAUGAAUAAUGUCUUUUGAUUAAUCUGUGUUACUGUGUAAUAUUAUAAUAUAAUAACUUAUAACUGUUAUACCCAGUGGCGUAUUCAGAAGGGGGGGAGGUCAGGAGGUUGUAACCCCACCCGAAAUGUCUUCGAAAUAAAAAAAAAAUAAAAUAGAAAUAAGAAUAAAGUGUUAUUACACUUAACAGUUUACAUAAAUAAUACAAAUUAAUAAUAAACAAGUCCAGUCUAGUGUAGUGUGUAUAUUAUAAUAGUAGCUCUAUGGUUAUUGGUUAUCGCUUUCGGUGAUCCAAAAAAACAAAGUAAUUUGCAGGUGUGAAUAAAAGAAGUAUGUCCACAGACUAAUCAUUUUAAACUAAAAAAACUCAAUGGGUCGAUUGCCAUGAUGCAGUUUUAUUAUUUGAAGAACUCCAACCAGCCAUUUUACAUACACUAGAUACAAUUGCACUUUGGACAGAUUCUGAAACUUCUAGUUCUACUAGUCAUUUUCAUACUGCGAUAUAACAGUUAAAAUUUCAAACAGAUUUUUCUAUUUUAGUGAAAAUACUUUCAUAUGUUUUCCACUUAGCCGAUAUCUUCAAAUAAUUAAUCUUGAUUUAAAAACUGCAUUAGAAGCUGCUAAUGUUCAAAAUAAUAUUCAGGAUAUUAGAGAAAAUUUUGAUAUAGAGUUUCAACAAUUAUUUUUAUCCGUAAUAACUGUCUGUGAAAAAUUGGAUAUUACUAUUAGUUUGUCACGUCAAUCUAAAUCAGAUGAUCCAGAAUAUUUUUUUAAGUAUUCAUAACUUUUAUAGAUAAUUGUUUAAACCAAUUAAACGAGAGAUUUAAAUCGCACAGGAUUGUUUUUAAUAGUUUUGAUUGUAUUUACCUAAGAUAGAAAUGAAAAUAUUUGAAGAUAUUAAAGGUAAAUUCAAACAAUUAGUAGAAACACAUCAAGAUAUGAUUGAUGAAUGUAACGAUUCAAAUUUAAAUGAUGAUAUAUUAAAUGGAGAAUUAGAUUUAUGGUACACUAAAUAUUCAAAUGUAACAUCUUCCGAACUCAAGAACAAAAAUACUAUUGAAGUAUACUUCCAAACUAGUCCAAGUGUUAAUUCAGUAAUAUCUAAACUUCUUCAAAUAUUCAUAACACUUCCUGUAUUUACUGCUAUGGGAGAACGAUCGUUUUCAACACACCGUCGUUUAAAAUCACAUUUCAGAAAUUCUUCGGGACAAAUACGUUUAAAUGGCUUAACCUUACUAAAAUAUAUUCAUCGCGAUAUCAAUGUGGAUAUCAAUGAUGUUAUCGAUGAACUUGCUAAAACAUCAAAACAAAAAAUGAAUAUACAUUUAUAAUUUUUAAAAAAGAUAAAUAUUUCAACUUUUAUAUAAUUAGCGAUGUAAAAUAGUAAUAAAAUGUUUAAUGUUUGAUCAAAAUACACAAAAAAUUCGAAAAAAUUUCAUUUGUUACAUUUUUUUCAACCCCUCCCCCACCAAAAAUAAAAAAAAAAAUUCUGGAUACGCCACUGAUUGUACCUAUAGCCUACAUAAAGAAAUCUUCUAUGGUUAUAAUAUUAUAGAUAUUUUAAAAUUGAAGUUAAAUAAUUAUUAAAUAUCAAGGAUAUACGGAAAAUAAGAUUUACACAAAUAUUACAGUCUUCAGAUUAUUGUCGUAUAACUAAUAGCUACAGUAAUGCACUUGAGUGAUCUCUUGGCAGGGACGAUUUCAUUAACACGCGCACACACAUAAAUACCUAGGUAACGAGGGGACUGGACUCACUAACCCCAUAAAUGUAAAACAAAAAUAGAAAAAUGUUAGCAUUAAUAGCAAAACCGUUUUAUAAUAUAAGAUUAUUAUUUGAGUUAUGUCAUUUAAAAAUGUAAAUAUUUAUGUUUAUCUUGGAAACAACGUAUAAUUGAGUUUUUUUAUUUAAAUGAAUGGCGGUUAGCUCUCAAAAUUAAUUUGUAGUGGCUGAAAGAUCGUGCAACGUCGAUUGAGGAUAAUGGAACAUAUUUCAUAGUUAAUAAUAUAUCAGAUGGUGUAUAUUCAAUAAAUUCCCGUUGAUAUGUUUUCAUUUUUAUUCAGAAGAAUAUUUAUUAUAGAUUUUAUGUUUUGUAAACAGUACGUAAUCAAAUUUAUUUUUAAUUAUCACUCUGGAUAAAAUUUCAAGUAUAAUAACAGUUGUAAUUAUUGUUGAUAUUUCUAUUAAAUUUAAUAUGUAUCUACAUUUUACAUAUUAUGAGUACCUACAUGAAAUAUUUACGAAAUAUGUACUAAUUGACAAGUAUUUAAAAUAUGCAUUUACAUCAAAAUAUUUAAAACAAAAAGGUCUUAUUUUAUUUAGAGUGUGAUGAAAUUUGCUUAUUUUUAAUGAGAAAUAAGAAAUUUGCUUUAAAUCAAAUUAUAUAUUUACGUAAAAAUCCGUGCCUUAUUUAUUACUGUAACGAUAAAUCAUAGCAAAAAAUUCUGAUAGGGAUUCAGUAAAUCAUCUAUUAAAAAAAAAAAAACUAGGUUGUUGGAUGCGAUUGAGAAUGAUAUGAAGACAGCUGGUGAAUGCGAGAUGGGAGAUCGGGUCAAGUGGAAGUUUAGAACGAAAAUGACCGAGCCCAAAUAGUUUGAAUGAAGGCAAAGAAGAUGAAGAAGAAAAAGAAGAUGUAUAUACUUCGGUAAACCUUACCUUGAAAAAACAUGAAAGUCAAGGAAAAUUAAAAAUGGAAUUUCGUAGCAACCAUGCGUUAAUGCUUAUCAUAGGUAUUUAUAUUAUAAUAUAUUUAUAUGGUAAUAUAAUAUUAGGUAGUUAAUUUACAAAUGUUGUAUUUGACAUAUUAAAAGCAUAGUUCUUUUUAUUUUGAUACAAGUUAAACUAACUUUUUCUUAUAGGUACUCGUAAUAUGUUUUUAUUAAUUAUUCAUAUUUACUUUUUAAAUACCUACCAACAGUACCUAGGUACUGCGUAAAUAGUAUUUCGGUGUACAUAUAACUUAUAAUAACUGCUAUUUAUUGAGUUCAUCAUAGUUUUAAAAAAAUCAUUAUUGUAUUGAAAUGUAUAAACAAAUAAACAAAACGCGAAAUCGUUUAAAAUACCUACCUAUUAGGUAGUUAUAUUAUAUCUGGUCGUCGGGAAAAUGAUACAAUAGGUAUUGUUCCCAUGAUAAAAUAUUUAAUUGGGUAUUAUGGAUAUACUAUUAUUAUUCAUCAUUAAUUAUUAUUUUGAUCAUUAACUCAGAAAAGUAAAUUGCCGAACAUCUAGCAAUGUUAUAACAGUAUUAUUAAUGAAAAAACCUAGUAAUGAAUGCUAUUAAUAAUUAUAAUUUAAUGAAUUCAUUGAAUUUAAAAACUAAACUUGGACUGCGAUAAAACCCAAACAAACUGAUUAAACAUUAUUAAUAUUAUUUAAAUAAUUGAAUCAAUUAAAUCAUAUUAUUAUCAAAUUAAUGCCUAAAUAUAUUUAACGGUUUAAAUUGUACAUAGAUGAGUACAUUUAAUGAUUACAAGGGCGUAUUUAGGGGAGUAUUCAGUGGAAAAAUCGAAUUUAUUGUGAAAAUAGGAAGACCUUGCUAAAGAAAACAAUUUUUUUCAAAAAUUACUUAGUAUCAUUUAUGAGUAUAAUGUAAAACGAGUGAGAAACUAGGGUGAUCACUCCAAAAUUAGUUUUUAAAUAUUGAAAUAGAAAAUUUUGAUCAAUGUUUAACAAAAAUCUCGUUAAAUAAAUUUAAAUAAGAAAUGUCAAAAAAAAAAUGAGUUUAAUUAAUGUAAUAUUAUUUUGUUUUAAAGAAAUAUUAAUAUCAAAUUUUAACGAAAAUUGUUUGAAUAAAAAGUUUUGUGGAACAAAUCUAGUUACUAGUCCAUGCAAAUUUUUUAAUUUGUUUUGUUUUGUCGAUUUAAGAGCGAUGCUGGAGUCAGAAUUGAGCGGACUGACUUAGUAUCGAAAUUAUAGAUUUUUAAAAUUCUGAUAUUAUGUGUUAGGCAUGUUAAAUAACUCAAUAUUGUCUAUGUAUAGUAUAUCUGUUGUAGUGUAACCUACAUCUGUUGUUAUCAUAGAUAUCACAAGUUCAAACCAGAGUUCCAAAAAUUUUUUUUUCAAAACACGUCAGUAGGUAAUAGGGAAAAAAUAAAUGCAUUUUAAGUGCACUUAGAGACUCAAAUCGUCGCUCGCUCGGACAAUUUUAAUCGAAAAAUACCCUUCGAUUUGUUGUGUGAUGUUUGUGAUAUUUUUUACCAGAAAUCUUGCUCUGAUAUAUCAAGUGUAGGACCUUUACUAAAAGGAAAUUUUUUUUACGUGGUACUCUAGGCUAAUCAUUAUUUAUUUUUCCAAGCGACUUUCAUAAUAAUUGGGAAAACUUGGAUAAAAAUUUGGAAAAACAGAAAAUUUACGAAAAUAUGCUUUUAUAAUUUAAUUAAAAAUAUUCGUAGUGAAUAUUAUAGAUCAAUUAAAAAUAUGAAAUUGUAUCAGAGGAAUAUAUUUUGACUACCUAUGAAACAAAUGUGUAAUUCAUUACAUUAAAUAUAUUAAAUUUAUUUGCUUAUAUUAUGAUAUAAAUAUUGUUAAAAAAGUAAUACUAUUAACUGAGCUCUGUUUAUAAUUGUUUUUCAUUAGAGAUCAUUAAUCUUUGCUUACAGAUAAACAUUAAAUUUCUCUGUAUAUCCUACUUUCCCUACUUCUCAUUAACAAUAGUCGUCCAUCCAUCGUGCAAAAUAUAUCUAUUAUUUAAAUUUUCAAUGACAACCUAAUUAAUAGUUUAAAAUUGGAGUAAAACCAUCACUGUACUUACCUAUAAUAUUAAAAUUUACAAAAAAAUUAAUAUUUUUUUUAUAAAAUUGCAUAAAGAUAAUAUUUUUAUGAUUGAAAAAUUGAAAUUUGAAAUGAAGUUUAAUUACAAUUGUUUAAUUAAUGUAUUCUAUCGAAUACAUACAUGUAUCUAUUUUCUACCUCACGUUUUUGUUUACGUGUUGCUGUAAAUGUGCACGUAUUAAUAAACGUGAUAGAAACUCACCUUUACACUAAAAAAUAUUUUUAUCAACAUUAUAAAUUACGAAUAAUAUAUAUGCCAUAUAUUUUAUUUUAUUCAAUUAUUAUUCUGAACUUUCAUGAGGAUAUUUGAUUUUUUUUACAUUAGGUAUUGUAAAAUCUGUCUAUCCUACUGUCUAAAUUUUUAAACUAUAAGCGUUUUGGUUUGUUUUAAAAACUCCGAUUCAAUAGAUAAUACCGAUAAUUUGUUUUCAUUUUAAUACCUAAUUUUUAAAUUAUCAUAUCGUGUUUCAAUAUUUUAAUAAAAAUUAACCUUUUUAAAUUAUAAUAUUUUUAUUUCAAAAUCCAAAGAUGAUAUAAAAAUGGAAUUUCAAAAUUAUAUAUACAUACCUAACAAAAAAAAUAUUGAUAAAUAUUAUAAUUAGUAUACCUAAUUACAAAAAUUAAAUAAAUAGGUACCUGUAGUUACGUAGGUACAUCAGUUAUCAAAUAGGUACUAAAAUAUAGUUGCCUAUUUAUUAUAGUGAGUCAUCUUGUAUUAUAUUAGAAUACCUAUUAAGUAUUAUUAUAUAAUAAAAUAAUAAAGUAAAAACAAAAAUAUUAAAAUGGAUAAUACUCGUAAAUAAAUAAAGUAAAUAAAUAUAUAAAUAAAAAACGUAUAUAUGAAAAUAAAAUAAAUAAAUGAAUCAAUGUGUUACAAUUUGCUGUAAUACAUUUUAUUUAAUUAAGAAAAAUAUUGCAUUAAUUGUAUUAUUAAUUAAUAUUGCAUUCAGUUUUAGUAGAAUUACACAUACACAAUGAAAUAAAGAAAAAUAAUUUUAAUAAUAUUUUAAAUGUUCAAACCGAUUUUAAAAAUAAUAUCUUAUUUCAAUACAUUUUAGAUAAUAAAUAAUAACCAAAUAGUUUAUAUUUCUUAAUGUAUGUAUGUCUAAUAAUAACUAAUUUUAAAUAAUCUCUCCUAUUAAAAUAAAUUAUUUCUAUGUAAAACGACCAAUUUGUAUAAUUUUUUUCUAUGUAUUCCUCCAUUUAUUUUUUUAGAUUCAGUCGCGUUUUACAUUUUGAUUGUGAUAUACCUGAUGAUGAAAUUUUAAUUCGAAACUGGUCGUAUAAUAUACUUAUCAUAAUACUUCAGGCGACGCAUUGAUUGAUUCAUUUAUUUUAUUUUUAUACAUACAUUUUUUAUUUAUAUAUUUAUUUACUUUAUUUAUUAUUAUAUAAUUACGUUUACGGAAUCGGUGUUUUCGAAUUGCGUGUGGAUUUUAUGGGUAAUAUAGGUCGAGUUUCGAAUGCGGUUUUUUUUUUAAAUUUUAGAUUCUGCGAAAAACUUUUCUCCUAUAAAUACUCUGAUUUUUUGAUUUAAAUUUUAAAAAAAUUUACUUAGGCCAAAUGAUUGAAUUUUUAAGUAAAUAAGAUUUACAUAUUAUUUUUGUGCAUGCUCAUUGCUCACCUCUCAAUAUUAUUAUUUAAAAUUUUACAUCUAUUAAUAAUGUAUAAUUUUUAAAUUUUUUUCAUUGUACAUGAUAUACAUUUUUUUUUUGUCGUUGGUGUUCGAAAUCGAACUUAAUUAUUGCCUGAUCAUCAAAAGUUAUAAAUCGUUGAACUAUAUACAGUUUACUUGUACAAAAAUUAUAAUAACACAGCUAAUCGCACGCAAUUCGACUUUGUCAUUAAAAAACCGCGCACGCAACUUGCUUAUCACUUGUCCACCAACAUCGUUUUUUUUUUGGUACAUAAUUCGGAUGCAGCCUACAAAAUAUUAUACCCAUCAGGAUUUUAAUAUUUGAAUAAUACAUUUUUCUUUAAUAAGAAAAAAAUAAUUUUGUAUAUUAACGAGAUUAUUACAAUUUUAAUAAUAUAAUCUAAACACCAAUGUACAUUUAUAAUAUAAAUACAUUUUGCUGAAAAUAUCAUAUUAGAUAAUCGAUAACAUUUAUGUAGUUUGUAUGCUGUUACAGAUAUUCAAAAAUGGUAAUAUUAUAAUAACAAUACUAAAAUUAGAACUUAUGUGAAAUACGUUGAUAAGUUUAAUAUUUAAAUUUGAUAACCUUUUGUCCUUUUGACAAUCGUUAAUGAAGCAACAAAGAAAAAUAACGAUAGGUAAAUAAAAUCGUAAUACGUAGGUAUAUAUUUAAUAAAAAAAAAAACAGACAUACUUCGCAUAACGGGUGUGUCACUGUUGUAUGUGAGAAGUUUGGAAGGUAGAAUAUAGAGAGAAAUUUAAUUUAUAUCUGUAAGCAACGAUUAAUGAUUGCUAGCGAAAAACGAUUCUGAGUGAAGUUUUGUCAAUAGUAUUACUUUUUAACAAAUGUGCGUUUACAUAAAACCAACAAUUGUUUAAAAAAUAUUAAAAUAUUAAAAACUUAAUAAUAAAAAAAAAUUAAUAAAAACGGUUAUCAAUGACCUUAUUUUUAAUCUUUUAAUCUUUUUAACCUAAAGAACCAGUUUUUUCUCAUCAUCUCGAAUAUAAAUAAGAAUUUAAAAAAAUGUCCAACAUACUCGAGACAAAAUUCAACAAAUAGGUCUCUUGUCAUGUUUUGAUUGAAGCAAGAUUUAUAAAAAAAAUUUCGUACAGAGUACAAAAAAAAAAAAGACAUAAAUAAAAUAAUAAAGUAAAAACAAAAUUAUUAAAAUGAUUAAUACUUAUAAAUAAAUAAAGUAAAUAAAUAUAUAAAUGACAAUUUAAAAAUGAAAUAAAUAAAUGAAUGAAUGCGUCGCCUGGAGUAUUAUGAUAAGUGAAAAUUCAUCAUCAGGUAUAUCACAGUCAAAAUGUAAAACACAAUUGAAUAUAAAAUUUAAAUGAAGGAAUACAUAGAAAAAAAAUUUACAAAUUGGUCUUUUUACAUAGAAUGUAGAAAUAAUAAUAAAAAAAAUUAUUGUAAAUGAAUGUAUUCGACAUUCCUCGCUUCACGCAGAAUCUAAAAGAUGUAUAUAAUAUUUGUGUAGGUAGUUUAAAAUAUUAAGUUAUAAUAUAUUAGGUAUGCAUUAUAAUUACUUAUGUUACCUACUUAUACAAUACAAAUUAAUAGUUACUAGAAAUUACAGUUAAUAUAAUUGUGUUCGUAAGUUUUUACCAGUCACAUGUAUUUAUAUAAAGAGUGUCCCACGAUGAUUUGCCACUUGAAAUAACUUUUGUUCUAUUCAAUAUUAGAUUUUGAGUGGAGUGAAGAAGCUUAUGGUUUUACAAAGAUGUUUUUUUUAUCUGUUUGAAAUUUUUCUACCAGAAGACUUGCUCAGAUUUUUAAAGUUUAACACGUUUUCUGAAAGGAAAUCGAUGUGGGGAGGUCAUUUUUCGAUUUUCUUUUGAGUUUUCUUAUCAAAUGCUAAAAACCGAAUAAAAAAUAAAGAAAAACGGGAAAAUAUAAGAAAUUUAGCUAUUAGUUAAAAUUUAUUACAGCCUUUAUUUCCUGUGAAUAAUAUUAUUAUAAAUUUAAAAAAAUAUGCAUAGUAGAAAUUUUAUAUGUUGUAUAUAUAGGUAAUAGGUAUAUAUGUAUAGAUAAGUAUAGAUAUUAAAAACGAAAUUGUAUUUUUUAUAUAUGUGUUGUAAUUACCUAAUUUAUUACCUAAAUACAUUUGAGUGUUUGUUUAAUUUCUAACUUCUAAUGUAUAUACUCAACUAUGUUAAUAAUGGACGUGUAUAGGCGAAUGUGUAGAUGUGAAUCUGAUGAUAUAAGUUCAAAUUGGGUUACGUACCUAAUAAAAAUAUUGUAUAAAUUGAAAUUAUAUCGGUUAAAUGUACUAACUCUGCUUUAUUUUGUUUGAUUUUCAAUGUACAGGUAUUAAAUUAGUAUUAUUAUUAUUAAACUUUUAUAGUAGGUACCUAUUAAAUAAUUCUUAGAAAUCUACUAUUAAUUUUUUGUUGACCCAUAAACUUUACACGAGUGUAGAUUAAAUAAAACAUUUUAUCUAAUUUUUAGUUAUUUAACCUAAUUUUAUCAGUUUUAUCUUUUUAGUAGGUAAAAAUAUAUAGGUAAUAUAAUAUAGGCCAAAACAUAAUAUAAAUAUUCAAUCCAACACUUCUAUAAAUUAGCUACUUAUAUAAUUUUUGUAUUUUUUCAAACUUUCAAUAUUUAAAUUUUUGGUUGUCAGUCUUUUUUUCGCUGAAAUUUUAUUUCAUUGGUUUCUUUUUGUAGGAUUUUUUUAUGGGAUUUAGUUUCACUGGUUUUUUAUUAUCGAUCAUUUUGUUUAAUUACACCAAGUGGUCAGCUAACAAAUUACCAAUAUUUGUAAUAUAUUAAUUUAGGCUCUCUGAGAAAAUCUAAAAUAACGGCUUUAAGGUAGGUACUAUAUGAAUUUAGAAUCCAGUCUAUUAAAAAAAGAAAAUGGGCUAUCUGUCUUUAUAUUAUGAUAAUACAUACAAGAAAAUUUAAAUUGAGAUUAAUUUGUUAAGGGUUAUUUUUUCGUUAAUUUUCUGAUCAAAAAUUACCCCUCCCCCACCCCCUAUAAAAAACUGAAAUAAUUCAUUGCGGGGGUGGUGGGUGAUGAUAUCUAUGAUAUAGUAGUGUUUGACAUAAAGCAUGGAGUACGUAAAUGUAUAAUAUAUUUUAGCCUCUAUGUAAGUGUUUAACUAAGGUAAAAUAUAUAUUUAGUAAAUAAUAUUGUAUUGAACUCAGACAAUUCACAAACGAUUAUUUUAUUAAAAAUGUGUGUAAUAACUAAUAGUUUAGUGUAUAGUAUAUGGGUAAUGUAACUACUAUAGACGGUUAGAUAAGUUCAUUAUAUUUUGAUACCUACUUAACCUACUAAAUCGAAUCCGUUUUGAUUUAAAUUCAUUCUCAUAUUAAUCAUUUUAUUAUGCAUUUGCUCAUCUGUCUUUUAUAUUUUUAAACAAACGCAUAAAUAGUAAACAUGUGUAUGGUUAUACGUGACAACAGGAAAAUGUUGUUAAUUCUUAAUUUCACUUGAUGUUAUUAGUAUAGGUGUUGUUCAUAAUAUUUUCACUGUUAGUCGAUUGUACGUGGUGUUAUAAUCAAUUCGGUUUUUUUUUUUUUGCAAUAUACUAAUUUCAUUUAUAGUGGAACGAUAUUUUUGCGUUCAUUAAAAAUAUUCUAAAACUAUAUAAUACUAUUCAUAUUCUAUGAGGUUUAAGAUUAGGUACUGUACCGUGAUUAUAUAUAAUUAUCAAUGUGACAAUGUGAAUAAUCAUAUCAAUGCCCCCCACACAAGAUCGAAAACUUAACUUGAACGUGUAAGUUAAUUUUUUUGUGAUUUUAUAAUUUAUCAAUAAUUUUUAUUUAAUUUUUGGAAACAACAUUAAUGUUGUUGUUUAUUUCUACUAUUAUUUAUUUAUCAUUGGCCAGUACCAUAAUAUAUCUAUUAUACUAUACCUAUGUAUGUGUGUAUGUAUGUAUGUAUACAGGUACCAGCUGGUACCCGUAGUCCUAGAUUUAUAAUUAUUGGUAAGACUUGUAUCGACAUAUUUACUGUCUCCUCUAAGAUUUCAUUUUUUUUUCUGUAUUUUCAUUAUCACUGAAAAAAAAAACUGUACAAAAUAAAUUUGUAUUAAAAAUCGUUUCUACAGUUUCCUACAAUUUUUAAAAAACUCGAAUUUUUGUACCAAAUUAUAUAAUGACAUAAAAUUAUUCAAAUUUGUAUUAUUUUAUCGCAAAUGACAUUGCUUAAAAUUAAGCCUUAAAUUUAAAUAUGUUGUGAAGUAUUACAAAAAAAUUUAAUCUGGCGGAAAUAUUAUUAGCUAAAGAUAAAACAAAUAUUCUUGAAAAAAAUGUAUUUUUACCCCUGUUGGUAUUAUAAUUAGGAAUUGUAAAUAAAUCUAAGUUUCUUAUGUGUCAACGUGGUACGCGGAAACUCAUUUUAAGUAGUAGAUCAGAAAGUGUCUUUAAUGACAUGGAUAUAAGAGAGACAAGUUAUUCUAUUAAAAAAUGUAUAUAAUAUGAACAUUUUCAAUCUAAGAGUAUGCCUAAGUAUUUUAUAAUGCUAUUACACGUUUUAAUUAUUUUUGUUUUUAAAUCUACUUGUCUUAAUAUUUUUAUCACAUUACCUUACGUGAUAGUUUUAUUAUUCCACACCCUUUCUCUAGAAAUCGAAGCGGCUAUUACUAAGAAACUAAUGAUCAGAUAUGAAUAUAUGAUACAUUAAGUUUUUUAGAAUAAUAUAUUUUACAAAAUAGCUAUUUGGAAAAUUGUUUAAGUGAUGAAUAAAUAAAGUUAUUAUUUUUUAAAAAAAUUAGUUGAUGGAUAUACAAAUUUAAUUUUUCUCUAAAUAAAUAUCCCCUCAGAAAAAGGAGAAGUAAAUUUUUUUUUUAAAAAAUUGAACGAAAUAACUCUAGAAAAACCCGUCAAUAUGGCAGAAUAUUUGUGUAUAGUAUACACUAUAAAGUUGCUUUAAAAAUAACAUGCGAAUAAAUGACUUUAUAAUAUAAAAAUAUUUUAAACAAUAUAAUGUAUUUAAUUUUAGAUGACAAAUUGUACACGUCACGAAUUAUUUAUUCAUAUGGAAAAACUUAAUCAUAAUUAUUGAAGCUUCAAAGUAAGUGUAUAACUACUUUUGUAUAUAUAUAAUAUAUAGAUGUACAAAUGACAAAUAUACAAAUUAUCUUAAAAGGCCAAAAUAUAACUAUACGAAAAACAUUUAAAGUAUAGAGAGUUGGUUAAAAUUAUAUAAAUAUAUGUAUUCGAUAUUUUAUAGAUGAAAGGGUGCCGGAAAUGUCACGCUAAAUUGAAAGUCGGCGACUCCUUAAUUUAUAUGAAAGGCGUGAACAAGGGCGCUCAGAAAAUAAUGACCGCAGUACCUGAUCAACUUAUGAGGUUAUUCACGUGGAUUGGUUUGAUGUUUGUGUUCGUAUUUUUUUUUGUGAUGGCUACGUACAUGGUGCUUGGGUUUGAAUUGUCCCCGAAGUCAAUGCUCUCGUCUGAUAAAGGCAUCGUUUCGGUACCGUCUACCCUAUAUGCCCAGAAAUCACCAGUGGUCGAGAACGUGACUACCCGAGAAUUCUGUUCAACCUUAUUCAAAAACCUAGACUCGCUGGAACAUACCGGCUACGUGGACACUGACCGCCGAGUGUCCAAACUAUUGAGUCUGGAUAUUAGAGUUAGUGACGUGCAUUUCGUGUUUAUGAAUACCACGCACAUCCCCUGGCUAUCCUCGUGUUCACUGGAAUCUGUCUUAAGAAACAUAGGCAAAAACGGUCGCGUUAACGUUUUCGUUAUUUCCGGUAUUGAAUUUGAACGACCGCUAUACAAUGGCCAACAAAAAAUACAUCCGGUAAGUUCGUUAUAAUUAUGUAGGUAUACAUUAUGUAGGUAAGUUGUCCACAGAAAAAAAGGAAAAAAGAUCGUAAAUUCAAUACAUUCUUCGCUCCAUUUAGAAUCUAAAAUGAUGAUAAUUCAAAGUCAAAAAGGCGAUUUAUCGGUGACAGAUAGACGUACCUUAAAUGAGUACUAGACGGUAGAUUAGUGAACAAGUCUUGUUCAAAUAUAAAUAAUUUGCAAUAAUUAAUUUUACAAUAUUGGAGACAAUUUGAAAAACGGUCACUAAUUUUGAAAUUUUGGUAACUGCUAUAAAUAAGAAAAGAGUACAUUAUAAUAUUUUAAUUUACUUACCUCAGUGGUGGAUUUUAAACAUUUUCCGGGAGUGAUCUUAAAAAGUCAUACGUAUUUAAAUGGUAUAUCAUUCAAUAGAUUCCUCUUUUUUGAUUCAUUUUAUUGAAAUUGUAUCGGUUUCUGGAGGAUUCAGACCCCCUGCAAUCUUCCUCCCUCGUAAAUUCGCUACUGACCUAGCUAUAUUCAGCUUUUUUAUUUAUUGUUUAGUGCAUAGACAUCCCAAGCCUAAUUUAUGUAUUAAAAACGAAAUUAAUAUAAUUAUUGAUUUCAAAGGUGUCGUUGACGUCAAGUUUGGCCGAAUUGACGAUUAAGUAUGGCAGUGACCGACUGAACGUAGUGGACAUCAACCUGGAGGAAUGUUUGGAAUGUACGCCGUACCAAGGAAUGGAUUUGAGCAAACGUCCGUCAAUGGCCAUAUACGUCGUGCAGUUGGUAUUGCUUUGGCAAUUCGGCGGUACUGUACUGAACCCAAGUGUGAUGGCCGUCCAUGGGGAGGUGUACAGGAUGUCCGACACGGCGGUCACGUACAGUGAACGGACGGUGAGCUCACCUGUCGCCUGCCAUGCGUUCAUCUACGACAUGAUUUUGUGUGCCAGGAAAUAUGCUCUUUACAAUGACACGUACGGUCUGAUUACCGCACGGAAAAUGGUGGAAAGUACGGUUGAAUGUAUUUCAGAACGCAUCGUUGACCAUCACGACAAGGAAGUUCGGACAGUGGCCAACGAGGUAGUGUACAACAACAGCGUUAUCGGCAGCCACUGUUAUUACUUGGAUGUUGAUCUCGUGCGGGCCACGUACAACGCCAAUUCGUAUGUGUACAGCUUCUGUCCCGUCGUUAGCCAAAAGACGUUUUCGUAGCCUUAGCGGAGUGGUUCAGACAAAAACACUAUAAAUCGGCGCCGACCAUGAUCUUCUUGGGGCUUUUAGGUAGGUAGGUAUUUAUUAUACAAAGGCAACGCUUAGCAUCAUAUUGCACAUGAAAAUGUGCAUAAAGUUCAAAAACUUGUUCCAUACACUUGCAUAUAGUGAUACAAUAUAAUAUCGACCCACAAAAAGUACUUACAUAUAAUAAUAUUAUAUGUAUAUACCAAUUUAACUUUUAAAAAAAACCGAAUAUUUAUUAUAGAUAGCUACCUGGACUUAAUAAUAUUUAUAUAGGUACCUGCAUGUGUGUAUGCUUGUUGUGGGUACAUUUUCUAUUGUUUAUAUAAUUACUUAUAAUAUAUGUAGAAACUAUAUUUUGUGUAUAUAUAAUACAUAAUAUAUGUAUAUAAAUAAUAUUGCCUAUAAUAUAUUAUGUAUUUUGCUAUAAAUGUUGUUUUAAAUUAAAUUGAAUAUAUCUAUGACAUAAUGAACUGUAUUUUUCCAAGUUUUGUAACAGCUAUGAUAAAAGUACUACCUUUCCAGUGGCGCAAGCAGGGGUAAGGUUCUAGGGUAUAACCACCCCCCCCCUCCCCGACAUUUUUUUCUUCUUUCAAAAUUUGUUUUUUAAGUUUUAGUAAUGAUAAUUUUUGCAGUUAAUUUUAGUAUAUUUAAAAAAAAGUCUGUGAUAAUCAUGGGCUAAGAUAGGUAUAAGUACGUAAUACAGUUAUCUAAAUGUGCAGAUAGAUAACUGUGCUACGUAAAUAAAUAAUAUAAUAGAAAGC